UAGUCCGCGAGCCGUCGAGCAGUGAAGAACGAACACUCGGAUAUCACUUGCAAAUGAAAGGUGAUAAUAUUUUUUCCGAUGGAUAUUACAAGGCCAACAGAAUUUUGAUGAUUAUUAUUGGAAUAUGGCCGGAGUCAUCGCUGUCUGAGAAAAUUAUUGUCCGCAUCGUUAUGUCCAUAAUAUUGCUUUCCAUGUUGAUACCUCAGUACGUGUAUCUAUUCAGAAAGUGCGAUACUCUGGAUGAUAUGAUAUUUGGACUAAUAGCGCAGGUGUCAGUAGCUAUAGGAUUUACAAAAUAUUACUUCAUGGUGUCGAAUAUGAAACAGAUUCGAAUGGCUAUUGACCAGGUGCGACAGGAUUGGCGUAUGUUUGAUGAUUCCCCGGCCAUCGAAACUAUUCACAAUUAUGCUGCGAGAGGAUCACUCGCUACAAAAUGUUACAUAAUUAUCUUUUGUGCUGCAUAUUUAAUCUUCUCUGUUGUUCCACUGAAACAAGUUAUUUUGGAUGCACUGAUUCCCCUCAAUGAAUCGAGGCCGAAGAUUUUUAUAUUCGAUGUGGACUACUCCAUUUAUGGAAUUGAUGCACUUGAGUACUAUUAUCCAACGUUGAUACAUUCGUGUUUCAGUAGUAUGAUAGUGCUACAUAUGAUUGUGACUGUAGACACGUUUGUGCUGGUCAUGGUGGAGCAUUGUUGUGGGCUGUUUGAAACCAUUGGGGGUAUAUUGAAGGAAACGGAGCUGGAGAAGUCUGGGGUACGGCAAUUUAAAAUUAUUUGUCGUGCAGUGGUUGUACAUCAUCGGGCUAUUUCAUUGGCGGAAUUUAUCGAGUCAUCCUUCAACAUGAUGUAUGCUUUCGUAGUGCUAGCUAGCAUGGUGUUGAUCAGUUCAACAGGACUCGAAGCAAUUAUAAAAAUGGAUGAGGUGGCGGAGAUGACCAGGUUUUUAACAUUUACUGUUGGUCAACUGUUCCACUUGCUAUUCAUAAGUCUGCCAGGCCAGGAAUUACUUGAUCAUAGCACUCGAGUUUCCGAGCAAGUUUACAGCUGCGAUUGGUCUCGGAUAUCCGCGGAUGGCAGAAAAUUGAUAUCCAUCAUGUUGAUGCGCAGCAUGAAGCCUCUCCGGAUGACAGCCGGAAGGUUCUAUCUUAUGAAUAUCGAAAAUUACGGCAAUGUAUUGAGAACAUCGUUUUCGUAUUUCACGGUAAUGCUGUCGACUCGCUAAUGCUCUGGCUUGAGCAUUACAUGAUAUUUAUCGACUCCUGAUGUAAAAUGUGCUCCAUUGGAUUGGAUAGAACUUUAUAUUGUUAAAAAUUCUCAUU